AUGAAUUGUUUGCUAGAGAUAGUGGAGAUGAAAGAAAAGGAGUAUUCUAUCCGCUUUGAGACACUAAAAUUUGUCAUUGAUCAAUUAUCACAAAGCUUUUCAUGCAUUGAAUCAACCUCUUCUAACACAAAUUUUCAUCCGCCUUUCCAGGGUUUUCAUGCUUUGGCGAUUCACACCUGGUUCGCGAUGGCGGCCAAUUCUGGCACCAAAUACGUCUCAGUGAAUCUGAACAAGUCCUAUGGUCAGCAUUCCACCACCCUCGGAUCCACGCGAACGCCGCGCCCAGGAGCUUCUGUGGCUCCCUCACGGCCACGCAGUUCGCACAAGGCCGGACCCAAGCUUUCCGUUCCACCCCCCUUGAACCUUCCUUCUUUGCGGAAGGAGCAUGAGCGGUUCGAUUCGCUAGGAUCCGGAGGUGGCCCGGCCGGCCCGGGUGGUUCUGGAAGCGGGUCGAGACCCAGUUCGUCUGGUUUGGGUUGGACCAAGCCCGUCACUGAGGAUGUGUCGCGGCCUGUCAUUCAAGGCAAACCGGCCGUGGCGGCUUCUGCCCCGGUUUCGUCCGCUGUUUUGAGAGGAGAGGAUUUUCCUUCUCUGCGGGCCACCUUGGCGCCUGGGCCCGGCCAAAAUCAGAAGAUCCAGGAGAAUCCGAAUUCGAUACAGAUUCAGAAUCUGAAUCCGAAGCAGAAACAUUCUCUUGGUGAUGAGAAUGUGUUUGUUGAGGAGAAGAAGGAAGGUUCUUUGGUUGCUGAUCAGUCUAGUGUUUCUCGCAGUGUGAAUGUGGUUAGUGGUGGUGAUGAUGGACGCGGUUCUCGGAUGUUAAAUACCAAGUAUGGUGCUGGGAGGAAGCAGGAGGGGUAUUUCCCUGGUCCUCUGCCACUUGUUCGGUUGAACCCCCGGUCGGAUUGGGCAGAUGAUGAACGUGACACAGGCCAUGGUUUGAUCAGGGAGGGCAGAGAUCAUGGUUUUCCCAAGGGGGACGCCUAUUGGGACUUUGAUAUGCCUAGGGUUGGUGUUUUGCCUCAUAAGCAUGAUAAGAGGGGACAAUUGAGGGGCAAUGAAGUUGGAAAGGUUUUGACAAGUGAAGUGGAGGUUUUUGAUAGAAUGGUGCCUGAAGGAAAUUCCUGGAGGAGCUCGAAUGUGUCAUUUCCUAAGGAUGCUGGAAAUGAGAGAAAUGGUGUUGGCGUGAGGCCUGCAAGUGGGAGUCGGGACACGGGGAAGGAUGGUAACAAGUAUGUUCCUUCACCAUUUAGAGAUGAUGAUGCUGGAAAAAGGGAUUUUGGAAGGAGGGAUAGCCAAUGUGGAAAACCCCAACCUUGGAAUAAUGUGGUGGAACCUUAUGGCGAUCGGAUUCGUGAUCAACACAAUAGAAACAGAGCUGAUUCUGUCCAGAGCUCGGUGUCAAGAUCGUUUUCCUCUGGUGGUAAGGGUCUGCCAGUUAAUGAUCCUCUGCUUAAUUUUGGUAGAGAGAAGCGGGCUUUGUUGAAGAGCGAAAAAACCUUUUUGGAAGAUCCGUUUAUGAAAGAUUUUGGAGGUUCUGGUUUUGAUGGAAGGGAUUUGUUUUCAGGUGGUCUUGUUGGGGUGGUCAAGAAGAAGAAGGAUGUGAUUAAGCAAACUGAUUUUCAUGAUCCUGUGAGAGAAUCCUUUGAGGCUGAGCUUGAAAGGGUUCAGAGGAUGCAAGAACAGGAGCGACAGCGAAUGAUUGAGGAGCAAGAAAGGGCAUUGGAGUUGGCACGAAGAGAAGAGGAGGAAAGAUUAAGGCAGGCUAGAGAACAGGAAGAGAGGCAGAGGAGAUUGGAAGAAGAAGCGAGAGAGGCAGCAUGGAGAGCAGAACAAGAGAGGAUUGAAGCUUUGCGGAAGGCUGAAGAGCAGAGGUUAGCUAGGGAAGAGGAGAAACAAAGGUUCCUUUUAGAAGAAGAGAGGAGGAAACAAGCUGCUAAACAGAAACUUUUAGAAUUGGAGCAAAGGAUUGCUAGGAGGCAGGCUGAGGCAGCCAAAAGUGGCAGUAAUGCCCCAGUUGUUGUGGAAGAGAAAAUGCCUGCAAUAGUGAACGAAAAAGAAGCAUCUAGGGCUACAGAUGUGGGUGAUUGGGAGGAUAGUGAAAGAAUGGUUGAUAGGAUAUUGACUUCUGCGUCUUCUGAUUCGUCAAGUGUGAAUAGGCCGUUGGAGAUGGGCUCUAGGUCUCAUUUCUCCAGAGAUUUGCCUUCUACCUUUGUGGAUAGAGGAAAACCAGUUAAUUCAUGGAGAAGAGAUACGUAUGAGAAUUGGAACAACUCAGCCUUUUAUCCACAAGACCAGGAGAAUAGUCACAACAGUCCCCGCAGAGAUCUAUCAAUCGGUGGAAAAUCAUUUAUGAGGAAAGAAUAUACUGGUGGUGCUGGAUUUGUGUCUUCUAGGACUUACUUUAAAGGAGGAAUUUCCGAGCCUCAUUUAGAUGAAUAUGCUCAUGUAAAACCGCAGAGGUGGAAUCAAUCUGCAGAGGGAGAUCAUCUUAGCAGAAAUACAGAGAUUGAUUCUGAUUUUCACGAAAAUUAUUUCGAAAGAUUUGGUGAUGGUUGGACGCAGGGCCGUUCCCGUGUCAAUCCAUUUCCUCCAUUUCCUGAGCGUACCUAUCCAAAUUCUGAAUCAGAUGGACCCUAUUCCUUGGGGAGGUCACGGUAUUCUGUCAGGCAGCCUCGAGUACUUCCUCCUCCUUCACUAGGUUCUGUUCACAGAACUUACAAGAAUGAUAAUGAACACCCUGGCCCUUCUGCUUUCCUAGAAAAUGAGAUGCAUUAUAAUCAGGUAACCAGGACUGACUCUACCCUGCCAACUGGUUAUGAUAAUGGGAAUCGAGGGCAACCUGAAGUAGUGGAUACCCGGCCAGAGACUACUGAGAAUGAGGACCAUAAAGUGGAAACCACCCCUAGGUGUGAUUCUCAGUCCUCACUCUCUGUUUCAAGUCCCCCAAGUUCUCCAACACAUCUCUCUCAUGAUGACUUGGAUGAUUCUGGCGAUUCCCCUACGUUAUUGACUUCUGAAGAAAACAAAAAUGGCCCCCUCACAGCUCCAGAUAAUGAAUCCAUCACAACACCUCCUGUAGGUGGAGAUGAGAAUGUAGUUACUCCGUGUGCUGUCUCUAGUGGUGAAGAUGAUGAAUGGACUACUGAGAAUAAUGAGCAGUUCCAGGAACAAGAAGAAUAUGAAGAUGAAGAUUAUCAGGAAGAAGAUGAAGUGCACGAAGGAGAUGACCAUACUCAACUCAACCAGGAUUUUGAAGAUAUGCAUUUGCGGGAGAAAGGUUUGCCUCACCUGAUGGAUAACCUGGUAUUAGGAUUUGAUGAGGGUGUCCAGGUUGGGAUGCCUAAUGAAGAGUUUGAAAGGACAUCGAAAGAUGAAGAAACUACAUUUAUGACACAAGCUUCUGGCCUCACUCUAGAAGAACGCAUAUCUUAUGACGAAGAUGACAAGACCCUCCAACCAGUUAAUGCUACCUCUCAGGUGAAUCUUAACGGCACUUCCAGUGUGUUCCAGGAAUCAGAGAAGCCAUCUCAAGAUUUGGUCAUCCAGCCUAGUAAUUCUCUUUCCCCUGUGGUGUCUGAGGGUUUAGGUGAUGUGGAAGCUUCUAAUGACCUGUUGACACACCAUAGUACACCGAGUUCGGUUACUAUUGCCCCUUACUACUCGUCUUCUGGUCAAGCUGUUGCCUCUAAUGUAGCUGCUGCUCAAAGUCAAGCUGAAGGACCCACGAAGCUUCAAUUUGGCCUGUUUUCCGGUCCAUCUUUGAUACCAUCACCUGUUCCAGCCAUACAGAUUGGUUCAAUACAGAUGCCACUGCAUUUGCAUCCACAAGUUGGCACACCCCUUUCUCACAUGCAUCCAUCACAGCCUCCUUUAUUUCAAUUUGGCCAGCUAAGAUAUACAGCUCCCAUAUCACAAGGUAUAAUGCCUCUUGGUCCUCAAUCGAUGUCAUUUGUUCAGCCUAACAUACCAUCCAGUUUUUCUUAUAAUCACAACCCUGGAGGUCAAAUGCCAGUUCAAACUGGUCCAGAAACUUCUGACUCCUUUAUAAAAAAUGAGAUGAGGCAUCAUUCUGAAGACAGCCAACCAGGUAAUUCUAGAAACAUACCACAAGGUUCAUUGCCAAGUGAGGAUGCAGGAAAUAUUACUGGAAUAAAGCAGGGUCGAAUUGAGGCUACCCGUGAUCCUAAUAAUAGCACUAGGACUUCUAGUUUCCAAUUGGACAAGCAGGGGAACCAAAAUGUAGUUGGAAAGAGCAGCAAUAUUCCAUUCAAUACUAAAGAAUCAGAAGUUCAGGUAGUCGUUAGAGAUUCUUCGCAACAUUCAGUUUCAAAAGAGAAUUUUACCGAGUCAAGAACACAAUUUCCUGCAUCUGGUACUAGGGGGAAGCGAUAUAUCUUUACUGUGAAAAAUUCAAACUCUAGAUCGUCAGGCCCAUCUACAAAGGUUAAUCGCCCAGAAUCUGGAGGAUUUAUGAGGAGGCCAGGGCGGAAUAUGCAGCGAACUGAGUUUCGAGUUCGGGAAAGUGGUGAUAAGAGGCAGUCUACUAGCUCUGUUUUGACUGAUCAGUUUGGGGUGGAGAACAAGUCAAAUAUCAAUGGAAGGGGGGCAGGCAUACCUGGAAGGCCUGGUGGUCCCAGGAAGGCUAUGAAUAAUAAAUUGGGAAAACAGAUUGUAGAAUCAGCUGUAGAAAACUCACAAGUGGUGGAUUCGGGAAGCAGAGCAGAAAAGGUUGACGUAAAAGAAUCAACUAAGACUCAGAAUUUCUCACAUCCUGGAAAUCUCAAAAGGAACUUAUGUUCUGAGGAAGAUGUUGAUGCUCCAUUGCAAAGUGGGGUUAUACGUGUGUUUGAGCAACCUGGAAUUGAAGCUCCUAGCGAUGAAGAUGACUUCAUAGAAGUUAGGUCAAAGAGGCAAAUGUUAAAUGAUCGGCGAGAACAGAGGGAGAAAGAAAUUAAGGCCAAGUCGCGAGUGGCAAAGGUGCAACGGAGACCCCGUUCCAGUUCUCAAAAUGUUGUGGCCGUUGCCAAUUCUGCCAAAGGAUCCAUUACUCCAGUUGAAGUGGUAAACAGUAUCCAUGCUGCUUUUGUUGCUGCUGAAGUGCGUGGAAUGACCAAGAUGGAUGCCUCAUCUGGAUUUAGUUCAAGCAUAUUGUCCCAAGCAUUACCUCCAAUAGGAACACCUCCUUUGAAAAUUGAUUCCCAGGCUGAUUUAAGAUCACAUAUAAGCAGGUCACUUCAGACAAGUGUCCCAGCAGUUUCUGGUGGUGAAAAGGACCCUGGAUCUGGUGUGAUAUAUGAUAGCAAGAAUAAGGUUUUAGAUAAUGUUCAGACAUCUUUGGGCUCUUGGAGUAAUGCACAAAUUAGUCAACAGGUAAUGGCACUUACACAAACACAACUUGAUGAGGCUAUGAAGCCUCAACAGUUUGACUCACAGGCUUCUGUUGGCAAUAUAACUGGUGCUGUUAAUGAGCCCAGUUUGCCAGCAUCUUCCAUUUUGACGAAGGAGAAAACCUUUUCAUCCGCCGCCAGCCCGAUUAAUUCCUUGCUUGCUGGAGAGAAAAUUCAGUUUGGGGCAGUAACAUCUCCAACUGUUCUUCCAUCUAGCAGUCGUGUUGUGUCUCAUGGCAUUGGUCCACCUCGAGCAUCUAGAUCGGACAUGAAAAUGACCCACAAUCUUACUGGAUCUGACAAUGAUUGCAGUCUUUUCUUUGAUAAAGAGAAACAUGUAAAUGAAUCUCAACGUCAUUUAGAAGAUUGUGAUGCAGAAGCUGAGGCUGAAGCUGCUGCUUCAGCUGUUGCUGUUGCUGCCAUUAGUAGUGAUGAGAUUGUCGGAAAUGGAUUGGGUAAUUGUUCCGUCUCUGCUCCAGAUGGUAAAAGUUUUGCGGCAGCAGAUAUUGAUAGGGUAGUAGCAGGAGUGGGUUGUGAGCAGCAGUCAGCUAGUCAAUCUAGAUCGGAGGAGCCUCUUAGUGUAUCUCUUCCAGCUGACUUAUCUGUUGAGACUCCACCAAUUUCCUUGUGGCCUCCCUUACCAAGUACACGAAAUUCUACGGGUCAAAUGAUUUCUCAUUUUCCUUCUGUCCCUCCUCAUUUUACUUCAGGCCCUCCCUCUCAUUUUCCUUUCUAUGAAAUGAAUCCGAUGAUGGGUGGUCCUGUCUUUGCUUUUGGACCACAUGAUGAAUCUGCAUCUACAACACAAUCACAGCCUCAGAAUAGUACUACGUCAGCAUCAAGGCCGAUUGGGAGCUGGCAACAGUGCCAUUCCGGGGUGGAAUCUUUUUAUGGACCUCCAACUGGAUUUACUGGCCCUUUUAUUGCUCCUCCUGGAGGCAUUCCAGGAGUCCAGGGGCCACCACACAUGGUUGUUUAUAACCAUUUUGCUCCUGUUGGACAAUUUGGUCAAGUUGGCUUGAGUUUCAUGGGUACUACUUAUAUUCCUUCUGGAAAGCAGCCUGAUUGGAAACACAUUCCUACUUCUUCUGCCACGACGGCUGGUGAAGGGGAUAUUAACAGUAUGAAUAUGGCAUCUUCACAGCGGAGUCCUGCUAACAUGCCAUCUCCAAUUCAACAUCUUGCUCCUGGUUCACCACUUAUGCCAAUGGCUUCACCUGUGGCUAUGUUUGACGUUUCUCCUUUCCAGCCCUCAACUGAGAUGUCAGUACAAGCUCGAUGGCCACAUGUUCCUAAUUCUCAACUACCUCUGUCAAUGCCAUUGCAGCAACAAGAAGGGGUGCAGGCUUCCCAAUUCAGCCAUGGCCCUUCUGUUGACCAGCCGUUAAAUGCCAAAAGGUUUACGGGUUCUCGAGCUUCAACAUCUUCAGACGGUGAUAGGAGCUUUCCUAGAACUGCUGAUGUGAAUGUUAACCAAUUGCCCGAUGAACUUGGAUUGGUGGACACUUCAAACUCCACUGCUACCAAGGCUGCACAGAGUCUUGUGAACAAGACUCCAUCCGUGAUUCCCAUUGCAGACGCCGUGAAGGUUGAUGUUCAGAAUGGCAGUGGUAGCAACAGUAAUAGUAACCAGAACGCAAGUUCUUUCAAGAGUCAACCCUCACAACAGGUUAAUAUUUCUGCCCAGCAAUCUGACCAUUCCUCAGGACAUACUAAUUAUCAGAGGGGUGGUGUUUCUCAAAGAAAUAAUUCUGGGGGUGAAUGGUCUCAUCGUAGAGGGUACCAAGGAAGAAAUCAAUCUCUUGGUUCAGACAAGAACUUUUCCUCGACAAAGGUAAAGCAAAUAUAUGUGGCUAAACAGACUAUUAGUGGGACAUCAACAGUGUCAUGA